AUGGCGGAGCCCCGGGAGCCUGCGGGUAAGAGGGGAAGGGGCAGCCGCUCGGUUAAACUUGAGGCUUCCUCGGUGUGUUUCCUUCCUCUGUUCAGACAAGAUUGCAAACGGACGCUCCUGGUUUUCAAUGACCCUCAGCAAAAAGACACAGUUUUAGCUGUUUUUUUGUACAAUUCUUGGUGGCCUGUUGAAGACUUAGUGAAGACAGCGGAUCUUUCCCGAGAAGGGCUGAUACAGGUCCAGACUUUUGGGGAAAGAAUUGUCCUCUUUGUGCUGAACUACAUCAUUUUUGGAAUGCAAGAGAGGACCUCGACUUGGGACGCUGUCUUCAUGCCUCACUCCGAGAAGGAGCAGGCCAAAAUAUUCUGGAGGAACGGAGAGGCAGCUGCCUUCUACACGAUCAAAGCCAAAGGAAGCCUGUGUGAUGGACACAGUGGCCAGUGCUACCUGCUCCCUGUCCUGGACACGGCGUUUGUCCGAAAAAAGUUUAGAAGGCGUGGACUUGGGACAGCCAUGUUGCAGGAUUUUUGUCAGACGUUCGCCACUGAGGAGGCCUUGGGAAUCAGCUGUCCGAUUUCUGCUGAGAUGUACCAAGUUUGUCAGCGAUUCCUUGACACCCGUCCCGAAGAGCAGGCUCGCCUGUGGGAAGUGGAAGGACCGGGGGACUGGAGCCAGCGCACCAGCGUCUGGCUAACGAUUCAGCUGGCACAGAAUCUCCCAAAAAAGGAUGACCUGACCUGUCGGGCAGAGACGUCUCGAGACGACGAAUCUGGGCAGUUGGGUGACAGCCAGAGGAACGAGAGGGCUAUCCUGGUUCCUAAUAUUCGGGUACCGCCCGGUCGAGCAGAGAAACUUAAAGUUGACUGCGAAGAGCCAUUGGGCUCACAGCGUGGGGUUGAGGAGCGCGUCAGCCGACGAGGAGAAGAGCUGCAAUGUGAGAAGGCAAAGAGAGGAGUAAGAAGGGGAGGACCGACUGAAGGCAGAGCCCCUAAACAGAUUAAAGAGGAGUCCUAUGACCAAGGCAGCCAUUCCUGA